CCAGGGCCGGUAACUCCACCCCCUCCGUGAGCAGCCCGUGCCGGUGUCUCACCGCUCCUGCAGAGAGGAGAAAUGUUUCGGAACUGUUCCCUAAUACCCAACACGAGCCUCCCCCGGAGCAACUUAAAGCCGUUCCCUCUCGACGUGCGAGCAGAGCCGACCCCCACCUGGCCACAACCUCCAUUCAGGGAGAUCCCCUUCCAUCUCGGGCUCAGCCACGCGGUUCCAUUGGCGGCCAAUUGCAUCCCGCGGCCGUAUCGGGGCAGCGGGGAGAGGCGCGGGGAAGGCUGAGCUGGGGAGGAAGAGGAGGGAGAGCAGCGAGGAAGAGGCCGGCAGCCCGUUGUCGCGGGCCCCGCCCGGUGGGGUCAAUGCCGGCACCGCGACCGCUCCCCGAUGAGACCUUUGCGGGGCUGUCGGAGACGCGGUGCCAUCGUGGGGACCGUCACCUUGUGCCUGGCGGCCGGCUGGGCGCUGCAGACUCCUGGUGGAGUGUCAUUAAUUGUCCCACAGCCCAACAUCAAUGCAACCGUGGCACAAAAUAUCCUCCUCUCUGUUGAGUACUCCUGUAGAGGCAUUGCCACAGUGGAGUGGAAACAUGUGUCCAGCUGGGGCACCACCAAAAUUGUGGAGUGGAAAAGUGGGAGUUACAUCAAUAUCUCCACCGGCUAUAAGGACAGAGUGACUACUUUUGACAAUGGUUCUAUACAGCUUCUGAACGUGGGCAUGACAGAUGCUGGCUACUAUUUUAUCACAGUCACAGAGGAGUAUGGAACCAACGCCUACGGCACCAUCAUACUCAAUGUUUACGAGAUUAUCUAUGAAGAUUUACAUUUCGUAGCUGUUCUCUUUGCAUUUCUUGCUGCGGUAUCUGCCAUUUUGAUCUGCUUCAUGUGGCUGUGUAACAAAUCCCUGUACCUAUUCCAGAAGAAGACACAUAAGCUAACAGCAAGUACAACUGAAGAAAUUGAAUUGGAAACCAUUGAGUGUUAGCCAAGGACUCUCAUAACAAAAAUAACAACUACCUCAGGAAAAAGUAUUGGCAAGGAAAGCAAGAAGGAACCUACAAGUUUUUCUGUUGGCACUGCUCUUUGCUAAAGCAAAUCAAAGAAACAUUUGACAAACAAUCCAUGGAUAGACCUUACAUGUGAAUGGCAAGGAAAAAUAGCCUUGAUCAUAGAUUUCUACUGGAUAUCUCUGAAAUGGAGAGGAAUGAAGUCAGGACUGCUGUUAUCAUCAAACUGCAUGACUGGUGGAGAGAGGGUGCUAUUCUCUAUGUCUUGGUGGCAGGUUUUUUGCUUGUGUUUCUUUGGUGUUUUUCCUUUUGGUGGUGGUGGGCUCAUGAUUUGGUUAAGCAGGUAAUGCUCAGCUUUCCCAAACAUUACACUUGUGGCAGCAGAUGAAAACUGCUGUAUGACCACCUCAGAUCUGAGAAUCAGUUUGUGCCCAUGGUUGGGUGCCACUGAAAAGAGCCUGGCUUCAUUCUCGCUGCACUCACCCUCCAGGUAUUUAUGGACAUUAAUGAUGUCACCUUACCCCUCAGCCUCCUCUUCUCCAUAAUGAACAGUCCUAUCUCCCUCAGCCCUUCCUCACAGAAGAGAUGCUCCAGUCCCUCAAUGGUCCUUGUGGCUGUUUGUUGGAAUCACUCCAGCACAUCCAUGCCUCUCCUGUACUGGAGAACUCAGCACUGAACUCCAGCUGUGGCCUUACCAGUGGUAAGCAGAAGGGAAAGAUUCCUUCCUUCAACCUGCUGGAAGGCUCUGCGUGAUAUGGAAACCUGCUGGCUUUUGACACCAGGACACAUUCUGGCACUUGUGGGCAGCUUGCUGGUGUCUGGGCUUGUUCCUCCCCACGUGCAGGACUCAGCACUGCCCUUUACUGAACACCCUGAGGUUCCUGCCAGCCCAGUUUUCUUUGCGUGUCUUAUGAUGGCAGCACACACAUCAUCACCAUCAACUACUUCUCAUUUAUGUAUCGCCAGCAAACCUGCCCCAACAUCCUGCUGCUCUAAGCAGCCACGGUCCUAGCACUGAACUCUGGGGUACACCACACUUGUGGCAUCCAGCUGGAUUUUGUGGCUGAGGAUCACAACCUUUUGAGCCUGGCAUUUCAGCCAGCCUAGCUUCUAUUCCAUCACUAUGUCAAUUAAGGGGGGUGUUGGUGUACAGUCUCAAAAAUCCUGCUAAAACACAGAACAUCCAUUGUUCUCCCCUCACUUACUGAUUUAGUUAUCUCAGUGUAAAAAGCUCUUUGGGCUGAUUGAGUGUAAUUUCCCCUUCAUAAGCUGAUGUCAGCUACUCCUUACAUACACCUUAUGACCUUAAUAUGUUUGGAAACUGCUGCGUCUUUUUUUACCCUCUCAUCUUCUUAGUAACUGCAGCUAAGCUGACCAGAUUGUAGUUUCCUGUUCUUCUAUAAUAUACGACACAGGCCUUCUGUUAGUCUUUAGGAAUCUCUCCUGAUCAACAUGACCUUUAAUGGAUCAUCAAGAGUGGAUUUACAGUGACAUUAACCAGGUCCCUCAGUGGUUAGACACAUCCUACAUGAUUCUUUGUUCUAAAUUCACAGAAUCAUCAUUUAACCUCAGUAAGGAGGGUCAAGUUAACUCUGUGAUCCAAGUCAAGGGGACGUGGGAUUCCUGAAGGUCAGUCUUAAGACCAAAGGAAAGAAGACAUCAGGUACCCCAACAUUCUCCAUGUCCUGAGCUACCAGAUCCUGUCCCCACCUGACAGCAGGCCCAGGCUUUUCCUAGGGUUUCUUUUGCUGCUUGGUAAAGUACUCAUUCUCUUUAGGUGCCGAUUCCAAGCACAAGAGAUAGUUUCUAGAAUAUUUUGCUCUAAGUUAUCAUUGUUCUAUAAUAUCCUGGAGACUGAUUUUAGAGGAAAACUUAAAAAUCCUUUAGAACUUAAGAAUUUUGUACACAUUUGAAAUAGAAAG